AUGGCAGACAGAUCCAUCGUCAAGCCAGAAGGGAAGAUUGAAGAUCUGCUAGUCAAAGUAGAUAAAUUUAUCUUACCUACUGACUUCAUCAUUCUGGAUUAUGAAGCUGAUGAUGAUGUUGCCAUCAUUCUGGGUAGACCGUUCCUAGAAAUUGGAGGAGCAGUUAUCAAUGUACAAAAGGGGGAACUAACCAUGAGAGUUCAUGACGAUGAGAUCAAGUUCAAUAUUGUCAAAGCAAUAAAGUUCCAGGAUGAAGGAGAAGACUUGGAAGAAUGUUAUGCUCUCACUUUGUUAAACAAUCAACAUAGCAGAAAAACAGAGGAAGAAGAAUACGAGGAAGAAGAAGAAGACCCACAACAAGAAGAGCAGAUUUGCUAUCUGCAAGAAAGAAGGCCUGAACCUUUGAUAAGAACUAAAAAGGAGAAGCAGCUCAAAAGACCUUCUUCAGAAAAACCUCCUGAGUUAGAACUAAAACCCCUUCCCCAACAUUUGAAGUAUGCAUAUCUGGGGAACAACAAAACCCUUCCUGUGAUCAUUUCUUCAUUUCUUACCAAGGAACAAGAAGGACUGUUGCUUGACAAGCUAAAAAAAUACCAAGGAGCCAUCGGUUGGACCAUAGCUGAUCUCAAAGGUAUCAGUCCCUCAUUUUGUAUGCAUAAAAUAUUAUUGACUGGUCCUAACAGUUUUUCAGUGGAACAUCAAAGAAGAUUGAACCCUAUAAUGAAAGAAGUGGUGAGAAAGGAAGUCAUCAAAUGGCUGGAUGCAGGGAUCAUAUACCCAAUAUCUGACAGCAGUUGGGUAAGUCCUAUCCAAUGCAUCCCCAAAAAGGGAGGCAUCACAGUGGAAAAGAAUGAAAAGAAUGAGCUGAUACCUGUGAGAAAGGUUACAGGAUGGAGAAUCUGCCAAGAUUACAGGAAGCUCAAUAAUGCCACCAGGAAGGACCAUUUCCCACUCCCUUUUACAGAUCAGAUGCUGGACCACCUAGCAGGAAAAGAAUACUUCUGCUUCCUUGAUGGAUAUUCAGGGUAUAAUCAAAUUGCUUUGGCACCAGAAGAUCAACAUAAAACCACCUUCACCUGCCCAUAUGGAACGUUCGCUUUCAGAAUGAUGCCCUUCGGGUUAUGUAAUGCACCAGCAACGUUCCAGAGGUGUAUGUUGUCAAUCUUUUCCGAUCUAAUAGGUGAAGGAGUAGAAGUCUUUAUGGAUGAUGUUUCAGUACUGGGGACGUCAUAUGAUCAUUGCUUGAACAAUUUAGAAGAAGUCCUUCAAAGGUGUCUGUCCUCUAAUCUAGUGCUUAAUUGGGAAAAAUACCACUUCAUGGUGAAAGAAAGAAUAGUCCUGGGACACAAAAUUUCUAGAGAAGGACUGGAAGUGGAUCAAGCCAAAGUAGAAGCUAUAGCAAAAAUGCCACCACCAGAUCCAGGUAUGGGGAAGACGAUUGGAGUGGGUUGUUAG